AUGAGCCAUCGAAGUGACGAGAGCCAAGCUCAAGAGCCUCGGGCUCCACGCAGAGGUAUUGACCUCUUGUUUGAUGAACUGGAAGAAGGUCAGAUUGACCUGGGCGAGCCCAUGGCUGGCGAUACGUCAUCGCAAGAUGCCUCUACGAGGUUUCACCACAGUAUGGUGCCAUCCCCAGCCGCCUCUGUGAGGUUUCAUGGCUCGGCUCCUCGGUCGCCACCGAUGCGAGUACUUCGAGCUCCAAAUCCGUUCCCAGAGCGAUCGAACCCGCUACGGUCCUUGCGCGAUGCGCCUCCGCUGCCCUCACGGUACGACGAGGAAGAUCAGCGUGAUUUAAACGUCAUUAGAAAUGACCUAGAUGAGGCCCAGAGCCGUAUGCUGUCUACUCAGCAGUCGUCUCGACCUGUGGCCCGACCACUUGUUCAUUCGUCGCGUCGCGACUAUGGCUUCCAGCCACGUGACGCUGCUGAGACUGCACGUCGUGCUACACAACAACCCUUAGACACGUAUAUGAGUGGGCCUGCUGCCGCCACUGCUGAAGAGCAGGUGCUUUGGUACACGCUCCGCAAGCGAUACUUGACUUCACAAGUCACAACUCCGUAG